GAAGAGAGAGAGAGAGAGAAGAAGAAAAAGUAAACUGAGAGUAAACUGAUUCUAGUAGAAGAAGAGGAAACAUUUGAUAGAGAGAAAAUUCUGAACUUCUACUGAGUUUCGAAAAAGAGAACAAACAAUUUUUAAAGAGAGAGAAAGAGGGAGAGAGAGAGAGAGAGAGAAAAGGAUAUUCAUUAUUCAUUAGUUUGUUUUCUAAUCAUCUCUUCAUCUUGAUCGUUUUCAUUGUCAUCUAAAAGUUAUCGUCGAUUUUCAAUUUGAUCAUAUUUUUUAUUUCGAAUUUUUUUCUUGUUCUUUUUACCUUGUUGAUUGUUGUUUUGGUGUUUUCGCAUUUAUUUAAUUGUUCUUUGUGUUUAUAUGAGUGUUAAUUAACAGUGUGUAACCCACUCAACAUCUUCAUCAACUUAAUUGAUCAUCGAGAAUGCAAAAUUUCAAUGUUCCAUUCAGUGAUUAUGAUCAUCUAAAUUAUGGUCAUCGGAUCUAUCCUGGUCAAAGUUCAUGGUCAGCUCAUUAUCAUGCAGCUAUAAGUCAUCAUCCCCAAGGAAGUGGUUCAACCCUUGACCCUUUAAGUGGUAAUAAUUUUUAUCCUCAACACCAUCAACACCAACAACAACUUCAAUCAAACACUGAUUGUAUUCAUUUUGAUUAUCAUCAUGGUCAACAUCAUCCUCUCCAUCCUCAUCAUGCCGCAGCAGCAGCAGUGACCGCUGCUCUUCACCAUGGGUCAGGUCCACUUCACCAUUCGGCCACUUUUCUCCGUUACGUUCGACCCUCACCACUAAGUGGUUCAAAUAAAUCGGAAGCGAUGACCUGCCUUUGGAUUGAUCCAGCGCAACCAACACGAAAAACUUGUAACAAAACCUUUUCCGGAAUGCAAGAGAUCGUGUCCCACAUCACGAUUGACCAUGUAGGUGGACCUGAGUGCUCCAAUCAUACCUGCUUCUGGGAGGACUGUCCACGCAACGGGAAACCCUUUAAGGCUAAAUACAAAUUAGUUAAUCACAUUAGAGUUCACACCGGAGAAAAACCCUUCUCAUGUACAGUUUGCGGUAAAGUUUUUGCUCGAAGUGAAAAUCUUAAAAUUCAUAGACGGACUCACACAGGAGAGAAACCAUUUAAAUGUGAAUAUGAAGGUUGUGAUCGUAAAUUUGCCAACUCAUCUGAUCGUAAGAAACAUAGUCAUGUCCAUACAAGUGACAAACCUUAUAACUGUAAAAUCCGUGGUUGUGAUAAAAGUUACACUCAUCCAAGUUCAUUGAGGAAACACAUGAAAGUUCAUGGACGAUCUCCCCCACCCUCAUCGAUUGACGGUGACACCACCAUGAGGAAUACAAGUUCAGCACCAUUAUCAACAACAACGGAAAUCAUUGACUCUAAAAGUGAACUACAAGCUAAAUUGUUAGGGUUACCUUUGGGUGGCAAUGGUAUUAAUGGACUCGGUGGUAACAAUUUAACACCUUCAAAUGGCACCAAUAAUAGUCCCAAUUCAAGCAAUCACGGUUCAUCAUCUUCAUCUUCAUCCUUAAUGAAUGGCAUCUUAUCUGAUCUUCAUCACCCCCACCACUCACACCUUAACACCAACAAUAACAAUCAUCAUCAUCAAUUACAUCAUCAUAAUCACUUUAAUCAACAUCACCAUCACCCCCAUUUAACUCAUCACCAACAACAACAACAACAACAGCAACAACAACAACAACAACAUCUUAAUCAACAUCAACUCAACUCAUCAUCUUCAUCCCCAGGAUCAUCACUGUACCAUACAUCACCAUUAUCCUCAUCUCUGCCCCCACCAACAUCAACAAGUAACACCAACAAUCAACACCAACUUUACCCCCACCAACAGGGUGGUGGUCAUCAAUCCCAACACCACCAUCAUUUACAAAAUGGUAACAGUAAUAGUUUAACAUCAACCACACCAACAACAACGUCCAGUGGUAAUAAUAGUAAUAAUAACAACCCAACCACCACCUCCAACACCAACAACAACAGUGCUAAUAAUACCAACAAUAAUAAUAGUGCUAAUAACAGUUCGAGUAACAACAACAACGGUAACAAUUCAAGUAACAACGGAAACGGGAAUGGACCAAAUACCAACAAUGGUUCAACCAAUUCUAAUUCAACCAAUUCAAAUAAUAAUAAUGUUAAUAGCAAUUCUAAUUCAAAUAGUAGUUCAUCAUCUAAUUUAUACCACAAUGGACUCCAUCCAUAUGCGACAAAUUUUCCCUCCCUCUCUUCAGCAUCACCUUCAUCAGCAUCUUCAUCUUCCAAUCGAUCAUCAUCUUCAUCGACAAACUUAAAUUCUGGAGGGAUUUUAGGUGUCAGCGGAGGAGGAACAGGUAUCGGAUUAAAUUCAUUCAAUUCCUCAACAAAUCAUCACCAUAAUCUUCACAAUCAUCAUCAUCAUCAUUCAUUAUCAUCUCAUCAUCAUCAUCAUGGGACCCAUUUAUCUGAUUGGUAUGUUUGCCACCCCAACGGAACAGGAGGACUGCCCACCCCGCCUUCAAAUGAACUUUCACCAAAGGCUUCAGGACCUACAGCACUUUACACAGGUCACUCUCUACCUCAUAUGUCACAUCUUCAUGUUACAACUUCAUAUUAAAUUAAUUAUAUUAUUAUUAUUAUUCAAA